AUUUUUUUUUUAGAAUACAUAUAAAUUUGGUUGGCUACAAUGUUUUCUUUUAUUUUCAUCUGUCAUUCUUAGUUAUUUGUUUUUGAGACUGGCAAAACUGACUGUGCCGCAUAUAAAUAAAAAAUAUAAUUAUUUCAAAUAUGUCUAAAAGAUUAUUAAAUGCUUUGGAGUAUCCAGAAGCAGACAAACUAAACUUAAACGAUGAAAACGCCUUUAGGAAUGUGAUCGUCUGGCUGGAACUGAACAGAAUUAAAAAAGCUCCCCAAUCUUUAUCAAAUCAGUUGAAAAAUACGAAUUCCAAAGACUGGUAUACUAUUUAUUGUAAAUAUAAAGACGGACUGGGCUGUCCUGUUUUGGAAUCAAAAAUAGAAGAGUUACAGUGGAUAUUAGGUUAUGCAGUACAAAUAGAAACCCAGAAGAACAAAAACUUGUAUUUCAAACAUGCAGUGGAAAAUUUACAAAACACUAACGUCCCUGCUGUAGUUGCAGAAAACUUAUUAGACAAACUUGAUUUUCGUAGUCAAGAGUUUGCUGAUGGUAUUAAAGCACUUGCAAAAGUGUUAAAUACUGUAACUCAUCCUGAUCCUUUAGUUACACUGAAAGCUGUAAGAAAAGUAAUAAUCCAAAGGAUGUCACCAGAUUGUGUGGAAAAUCCAGACAAAUAUGUUCUAAAGGGAACACCAUUUCCAUUUCAAGAUACUGACCUAGGAUUUGAUUUGAAUGACCCAGUCUUGAAUCAAGCUGCUAAAAUUUUGCGCAUGAUUUACAUUCAAAACUUAAGAGAUCUACAAACCAGAGCAAAUGAACUAAUUGUGGCUGUACAAUCUGUAACUGCCAAUCCCAAAACAGAUACAAAGUUAGGAAAAGUUGGAUUUUAAAUAAUACAGAUUAAAAAACUAAAAAAAUAUAUAUUGUCUUGAUUUUUCUUCUAUCAUUAAAAUAUAAGUGUAAAAAAUAAGUACUGUCAAAAAUAAAUGAAUGUCU